AUGGAAUUAUCACGAAUUGAAAAAUUUGAUAUAAAAUUAAAAUCCAAACCAAAGGAUGGAGUUAUACUUCAAUUGCAUCACACCGUGCGAAGUUCCAGUGGAGAAAGUCAUCGCAUUAGAUUCACGAGGGGCGCGUUCAGUGAUAAUAAUGAGAAACUAGCUUGUAGCGAUACCGCUGGUAAUGUUUUCAUUAUCGAUUUUUCUGAUCUAAAAUUCUGGAAGCUAAACGGCGUAGGCCCGUGUACUUGCCUUCAGUUCGAAAAUAGCAAACACGACAAUUUAGUGGUAGCCGCCUCUAAAAAUUUUGAGAUAAAUUUUUUUGAUAUCGAAACUGGAAAAUCAAAUAUUACCCUCAACGGACACACAAACACUGUAAAACAUAUUUCUUUCUCAAAUAACAAGGCCAAUAAUCUUCUCACGGCUAGUCAAGCAGAAGCUAUUCUGUGGGAAAUGUCUAACUUCACUAAAUAUUUUACUUUGAAUACAUUUGUGGGUGCACAAAUACAAGAAAUCAUGUUCACUCCCGGAGGUGACUAUUUAGUAGCUUGCUUCAAGAAUGACACCAUACAAAUAUGGAAGAAUGAGACCAUGAAAUCGGUCAAGCAGAUAAUACCAAGUGAAUUAAAGCAUAUGAAAAGUAUUGCUUUCACAAUGAAUGGUCGAGCAAUGGCAAUGGCGGGACUCAGUCCUGUACUUAUUUUAUUCAAUAUGGAUACAUGGACUACAAUUAAAUCAAUCAAUAUGACAAAAUACAACAUUCUUGGUGCACAUCAGGUUGCAUUCAUUCCACAGGUAUUUGAUGGUGGUGCCAAUAAGAUUCUGGCUAUCCUCAAUAGUGUCUGCACGUUGAGCUUCUUAAAUCUAGAAACCUUAGGAAUUAUAUACACAAUAAAACUAGAUUCAUCUGGCAUUAAAAGAUUUGCUGUCAGUCAAACUGGAAAAUAUUUCUUGUGUAUUUUGGAAUUAGGGGAAGUGAACAUCUAUAAUUCAUCUGAAGUCUUAGAGACGGUUCCUAAUAAAUCUAUAAAGACUGAAAAGAGAGAGAUUCCGUGCAUUUCUUGUGUCAAGUCAUUGUCACCAAAGCAUUCAAUAUCAAAAUCUAAAAUAGAACAAAAAAUGCGAACCUGCAUGGACAGCGCCAGGUUAAGAAGGAUAUUAAUACAGUAUGGAGAAUACCCUGACAAAUUUAGAUCUGUCAUUUGGAGGUCACUCCUCAAUACACCUAGAAACAGAACUGCCUAUUCAGCUUUAGUCGAUAAAGGUAUUCAUCCGUCUUAUAGGAAUAUAGAGGAACAAUUCACAAUACAUAGUUCUACGACACUUAAAAAUUUGAAGCGAUUACUAUCAUGUCUCGCCCACUGGUGUCCACUAUUUGGGGUUAUAAAAUUCCUGCCGGGCUUCGUCUUUCCGUUUGUAAAAGUGCUGCAAAAAGAUCCCCUUUUAUUAUUUGAAUGUGUAGCCACCAUACUCUUGAAUUACUGCCAAUUGUGGUUUGAGUAUGCACCUUUUCCACCUAUUAGCGUUCUAGCUAUGAUCGAGAAUACUUUAGCAGAACAUGAUCCACAACUCUUGAAACAUUUUUGUGAAACAGGCGUGACAAGCCAAACUUAUGCACUCCAAAUAUUAGAAACUGCAUUCAGUGAAGUGCUGACUUGCACUGAGUGGCUAAUACUCUGGGAUCACAUUCUCAGCAAUGAACCGUCUUUUAUUCUCAUGGCUGUUGUCUCAUACAACAUAGUGCAGAGAAACGCCAUCAAAAAAUUUAAGACUUGUGAGCAAUUUGAAAACUUUUAUCAUUUACAAAAUCCUUUAGACAAAAAAACAUUUUUGAAGAAGACAUAUUUAAUUAUGAACGAUACAAGUACUGAUAUACAUCCCAGGAAAUAUUUAAAUAAUUUCGCACCUCUAGAAAAGGGUAUGUGUUACCAACAAUUCACCGGAUAUCCUAAAACAACUAUUUGCCUUAAACUUGCGAAUAGAGAUGUAAAUAAAUCCAAACCCACAGAUAAAAAUACUCUAAAAGAAUUAACAGUGAAAAGUCAAGAAAGAGAAAUUAGAGAUGGAAUGAAAAGCAAUUCGAAUAUGUCUUAUGAUAGUACAAAAGAAGCGAGAGGCGAAAACGUAAUAGAUAGAGAAAACAGAAAAUCACACAAAAAAAGCGAAAAGGACCAUUGCAGUACCAAAGAUGAACUAGUCACUAGUAUAUUGCAACCAGCUGGUAUACAAAUUGACAAAGAUAAAUUACACAGUAAUGAAGCCACAGUUAAUAAAACCGGCAGACACUCAAGACAAAAGACAAGAAAAAAAUCUGCUAACUACGAUUUAGAAAACGAAGUGGAAAGGCUCUUUGAAACACAAAGCAGAUCUGAUAAAUCGGCGAAAUAAAUAUUAAAAAAUUAUAUCAAAAGGAAUUCGAAUCAAACUUCAUGAAACAUGUGCCUAUUUUUUUUAAUUAACCAGUAAUUUAAAUUCUUUACAACGAACAGUACAAACAAUGUUAUAAAUGCGAACGUAUGUUUGUUGGUUUGAUAGUCUUUUCGGCAUAAUGGAGCUAAACAUGAAUGUGAUUAAAGCAAAUAGUUAAAUAUUUCAGGUAAAUGAAAAAAAUGAACGCACACAUACAACCUCAGCAGACACGUUAUUAAAUUAUAUGAAAUGAAA